GACUCUGGUUGCCGACUGUCUAAAAAGCCCUAGCAACCGAAACCCUAACUAUAAAAGCCUAGCAAACACCGUCUCGUGCUCAAAGUCACAAACACAAAUUUACCCUAGAUUGGUUGUGAAGAGAGCAAGCAAAGAUGCAGAUCUUCGUGAAGACCUUGACCGGCAAGACCAUAACUCUCGAGGUAGAGAGCAGCGACACCAUUGACAAUGUCAAGGCGAAGAUCCAAGACAAGGAAGGGAUUCCACCGGAUCAGCAGAGGUUGAUUUUUGCUGGAAAGCAACUUGAAGAUGGUCGUACUUUGGCUGACUACAAUAUUCAGAAAGAGUCGACACUUCACCUUGUGUUGAGGCUUCGUGGGGGGAUCAUUGAGCCUUCUUUGAUGGCUUUGGCUAGGAAAUACAAUCAAGAGAAAAUGAUCUGCCGCAAGUGUUAUGCUCGUCUGCAUCCUCGUGCUGUGAACUGCAGGAAGAAGAAGUGCGGUCAUAGCAACCAGUUGAGGCCCAAGAAGAAAUCCAAGUGAUCAAUGGUAGUUGCUCUCUAUAGUGCCAUGAAAGAUGAAAUUGAUGUUGAGUGUUUUUCCUGUGUUUUGUUCUUUAUGGUCAGCUAGACAUGUGGAUUUGGAGUUAAAAACAAUUAAUAGCUCCAUAUUUUGGUAGAUGACGAUUGCAUCGAAUUUGGUAGCAUUGCUUUUGGUUCUUUAUGUUCAAUUAGACAUAUGGAUUUGGAAUUUAACAAUGAAUAUCAUUGUAUUUUUGGUGCACUACA